AUGUACCAAAACAAUCAUUGUGUUCCACCAAGUCUCUGUUUAAAUCCGUACGAAAAUCAGUUACAAGUAGUUAUUGAGACAUCAAGAUCAACGCAAAACGUAGUCAAGAACUUUGGGAGUAAAAUGUCUUCGAUAUCGGUAGAUGUUCCGACGUUUACACUUGGCCGAGAUGAUCUUCGAAGUAUUAUAAAGUUUAUUUAUGACCAUGAACAUAUAUUAAAAGAUUUCGGUGCAAUCAAACUUCAACUGGGCAGUGAUUGUAAUCUAGCCACCAAGAAACGACGAAAGACUUUGAAAAUGUCAGCUAAACACCAUCGAUGUUUAAUCAAAGAUCACGAUGAACAUAUUUACACAGUACAAAAGUCGUCCAAGGCGGCAGAAUAUUCGAAUAUAAGUUCAGAUUCAUUAGAUGUAGCAGCCUUUUGGUCAUCAUUAACUUCAAUGACUGAUGAUCAACGAACAUUGAAUAGUUCAGUAAUACCCGGCAAAAGUUUCUUCUAUCAAAAAUCAUCACGUCAAUAUUUCGAUAUCCAUCGAAUACCGUCUCAAUCACUUCUCAGGGUUGGCAAGAAAAAAGUGACUAAUGAGAUCACUCCCUGUAUAAGAAGGGCGCAUGGGCCAAAUGCUAUAUUUCCAUUAAGUUCCACUCGACAAAAUCUUUUUACGCUUGAUUAUCAUCACGAAGGCGGCAAGCGUCACUGGUACGUUAUACCUGUUCGCGAGCGAAGUCAAGUGCAAAGCGCUUGUCGAAGUCAUUGCAUUGAUCAUGGUGGAAUCUUCAUCAAUCCAUCAUUACUCGAUCAAAAUCGUAUUCGUUACCAUCGAAUUGUUCAACAACCUAAUGAAUUUGUUGUUUUGUCAGCUGGAACUCUAGCGCAAAGUUUUACUGAGGAUGCUAGUUGGAAUGAAUCUAUUGAUUUCGCUCUACCGAGCUGGAUCAAUGACGGCUAUGCAGAUGCAUCUCUUAAAUUAUGUCGAUGUCGACUUUCCGAAGAAUUCUUACAACCUCCUAUUGAUACGUCUUUGUUUCGACCAACGCUGGUAUCCAAAUAUACUGGAACACAUCUCAUCAAAGCCAAUGAUGACAAAUUGAUUCUAUCGAAAGAUGAUAACGACCUCGAAAUGAUUAUUCUACAAACACCAAAGAGUCUGAUAGAUGAUUCACUCAAUGAUGAUGAUGAUUUAUCAUUUCCAUACGAGCCUCAUAUUUCAUUACAAGAAUUGCAAUCAUUCAUUCAAACUCCCAUAGUUUCGAUUGAAACUCCAGCUUUGAGUACAUGUGCAUCGGAUGAAGAUCAAAAACAAUCACCCGCUGAUGAUUCUCAAGUUUAUUAUGAAAUAAUGGACCAGGGCAGAUUUCCGAUUACACUUUACACAAGACAAUCGGAAAUAUCCUUUGAAGAUCUGAUGUUGAAUGAGCAAUUACUCGAGAUUGAUGGUUAUUCAAAUGACUCUUCGUGUGAAAAUCUAUUUUUAACAAGUAUUUUCGACGAUAUUGGCAGUAAUUGUGACACAGGCAGUGACGGAAUUUCCUACGAAGAACUCUUAGAAACAUUGCCAUUUGCUGACGAAUUUAUUCAAAUGAGUACUGAAACAAGCAUCUCCCAUCCAACUGGCAUAAUGCCAUUAGAUAAUGAGAAAUCAGUUGAUAUCGGUCAACGCGUUCCUGAGUCUGAUAGUAUACAACGAACUCUAUUUGUCACAGGAUUAAAUAAUAAUGUCACACGAAGGCAAUUAAAGAAAUGUUUUCCUGGUUGCGUAAAAGUAGUAAUCAAACAUAGUCAUGAACCGCCACAUCUCAAAUAUGCUUUCCUUACGCAUCGGUCAGCUGCAACAGCUAAAUAUAAUCUUACGCGAAGACUAAAUCGAUCGCUACUUGGCUGUAAUUGUCGUGUUAGUUAUUCAGUACAUCGUUCAAUUCUCUCCACCAUAAAUCAAAGUCUUUGUGACAGAAAGAUUGUAGUCACUGGAAUACCAAGAAACGUUGAAGAAUCUGACUUACAGCGUUUAUUUGGUCCCUGUCAUAUUGAGAAAUAUACUCUAGCCCGUGAAGCUCGUUCCUCGGCUUCAUUAACAUCACCAGGAGGGAAAUCGAAAGUGUUAACUGGGUACGCUUUCCUUGUUUACAGCACUCCACAAGAAGCAGCAGAUAUACUCCGACAAUCCAAUCAGUAUCAGUUACAUGGCCAAUCGCUACAAGUUUCUCAAUAUCGUUAUUGA